CUAACCUACACGAGGUCGAGGGUGCAUCCCCCAGCACGUACGGCCGUACCGCGUUCGCCGUGCCCGGGGACAGCGGCGCGGCCUGACACCACGAGGACAUGAAGUGGCUCGGCGCGAGCAGCGGAGGCGCCGGGGGCGAACCGGCAUCCUCCAUGCAGCUGCAUCACACCUCCGCCAACGGCCACAUACCCACGGAUACAGAUCAGUGUGGGCAAAUUAUGGCUGGUGGUGAUAAUAUGCGAAUCCAACCUGGUCAGACACAUCAGAUGGGAGUGAGUAGAACUCAAGACGAUGCUAUGGUUGGUUAUGUGUUUCAACGACCUACGGAGCCAGAAUUUAACACCCAAUCUUCGACUUUCCAAGCAAAGCAAGCUCCAAGAGCUUGGGCGUUAGCGGAUGACGUUAUCGUCGAUAAUAAUCAAGAGAAAUGGAAAUAUUCUAUGACUAAGCUUGGUGUACCACAACAAAGUCAGUCUCAACAGCUGGGAUUAACUAUGAACAAUGUACAUUUGAGUAAUGUACCCUACGAGAUACAUCCUAUGCAAUUAAAAAGCGGUGCACCUGGUGCGGAACAUUUGGUUUAUCUAAACAAUCAGAUGACUGCUCAACAACAGGUCGCUCUCUUUCAUCACCAACAGCAGCAACAACAACAAUUCAGAAAUGGACAGAUCGCUCCCUCGACAAAAAAGCUCUGGGGCGUGGACGAGGGCGGCUCCAAGGACGAAGGGGGUGUAAAAGGCGGUGGGACCCUGCUUCACCUGGGCGACCACCCGACCAUGUGGCGGGAUUCCACCUGGAGCACGACGUCAGAUCAUGCGGUGUCACAGCCAAUUUCAAUGGGUACGGGCAGACGUGUGGGAGUUGGAACGGGAUAUCAUCACCAGGCAUCAGAAGUCGGGACCGUGCUCAGUCCCAGAAGCAGCGAAACAGGUGGUUUGGGAGUUAAAAUGGUUGAAUAUGUUCUUGGAUCGAGUCCCACUACGCCAAAAGAUUUGGAACCGCGAAUGGUUUCUCUGAGAUUGAAUACCGAUGCAGACAAAAAGGAGAAAGAAAAAGGUUCAGCAAGUCCCUUUGAUAGCACAAAGGAUGAUGCUGGACCACAGGGUAACGGAUUAGCGUCUCAAAACGGUUUAGACGACGACAAAGGGUUUAAUCGCACACCCGGAAGUCGUCAGCCAUCACCGGGCGAGGAGGAAUUUCAGAAGAACGCCGCCGCCACACUGGCCGUGAGCGCCGGUGGUGGUGGCGUCGUGCUGCUGAAACCCGGAAUCGACGUUGUCGGCAGCGAGGAACAUUUCAUGGCGGCGUUUGCGCCGGCACCGCCGCAUCAUCUGCAGCAUCAUCAGGCGCCGCCAACUCAUCAUCUACAGCAUCCGCACUCACAUGCAGCAGCGCAACUUUUCGGGGCGCAAGCUCCGCCGCCGCCGCAGGGUCCACCACCCUCGCAGCAGCAGCAACAACAACAAGGUCCUCCGCAACCACAAGAUACUACUACACACUUCGAUGUCCAGGUAAGUCUCGUUCAGCUCCUCUUUUUUUUAGGCGCUACUGAACGGAGAGAGACUUGUGCGUCCGUCGUCGCGCAAAAUGUGACAAAUACCGACAUUGUUGGAUAUCAAUAAGCAAAAUAGAAAUAUAAGGAUAUUUUAUUGCAAAUUUUGCAGAUUUCGAAAUUCUUGUUAGUUUUGUCGAGCAAAUUGUGCAAACAUUAUGUUAUUCGUUUUAAGGUGUUUAUUCAUUUUCUCUCGAUUAAUUUUAGGAAAAAUGAAAGCUCAAAAAUUAUAAAUUAUUAAAUAUCAU